UGCAAACUGUUUUGGUUGUCAGGGUAAAAAACGAAAAUCAUUCAGGUGAAGAGAAACCUUUAAUUUUUCUAAAACAUUUGGGCGACGCUCUUUUAUAUUUGUGGUGUUAUUACUUUAAAAUAAUGUUUAGUUAAAUAAGUUGGCAGAAUAAUGGAAAUAAACACGAUGGAAGAGAAGAUGAACGAGGAGAACACAGAGGAAGUGAAGGUGCUGGAGGCUCAGAUGAAGUGUCUCCAGGCCGAGGUUGAAGCACUACAGUGUCAAAAGCAGGACAUGUGCUUCCACUUCAGAGGACCAAUGCAGGAUGCCCUGGCGCACGUGUGUGGACAGAGGCAGGGCAGAGGGAAAGAGAGGGUGCUGUCCAGGCUGAAGGAAGAGGUGCAGAAGCUGGAGGAGGAUCUGAAGAGGCAGACGCAGAUGAAUGGCAUCACCCUGAACAGCUGCACGACAACGACUCUACAAAGCAGUGACAGUAAGCUUGUCCAGCAGCUGUGUGUGUCCGGUCACGUCUCUGAACUGUUCUUCCAAGUGGAGUUCCAGCUGUCUGAGGUCAAGGAACAUCAGAAAUCUGAGAGAAAAAUUAGUGAUCUGAAUGUGGUGCUGGACUCCACUGACUUACAGAACUUCAGCAAUUUCGUGUCUCGGGUGGAGGAGAACAGGGAUCUUCUGCUGUUCUUCAGGACUCUGAGGAGUUUCUCAAACAGAUGUGAGGACCGUUGCAGAACCUUCCAGCACUUCCAAGAGAAGUAUCCGUCCGUCGUCUCUCUUCCUGGAGGCCCCAGGUCAGAGGUCAUGACCCUCAAUCACCCAGAGCUUCCUGGCUGUGUCCUGUUCGUUCAUUGGUCGGUUGAUGUUUCCAGAGAAGGAGUCGUCGCUCCAAAGAUCGACCUGCUGACAAAGAUCCCAGAGACUGCCCUGCGGCUGUUCCCCUCACAGGCAGUAGGUGGCGCUGGUGAGGCCUUUCAGAGUUUGCUGAGAGUUGUGGGACCUGAAGCAGCCAUAGAGUCCAUCAUCAGAGCGGUCAGCCUCUCUCAGGACAUUUAACUUCAGGCCGUUUCACACACAGAGGAGACACAGCAGCGGUUUAGUCUCUUAGAAAUCUUUAUUUUAAUAGAAAGAGCACGACUGCGACAGCUGUAACAGCGGAGCUCAUCGGUCAAAAUCUACAAAAAUAAAUAAUUUAAAUACAAAAUGCCA